AUGGCUUUGCUACAGCUUCUCAUGUCUGACUUAAUGAAACCAAGCGAUACAAGACAGAAAGAAAGAGGCAAAAACCAACAGAACAACGACCAAAUUAUGAAUAUAAAAAGAUUGAACAGAAGUUCUAUUCAAGCAUUGACUUAUGUAAAACAACUGAUAAGAUAUUUGCUGUUUUUAUUGCAUGACGACGACACACAUAUUUUAUGUUAA